AUGGACCUCUCAAACUCGAGACUUUGCAUCUUUUGUCGAUGUCUAGAGCCCAAGGAUCAGCCAUGUCCCUCGCUUAAGAACGAGCAGUCGAUCACGACCUUCGCUACUCGUCCUCUGGAAAAGACCCUUCCAUGGACCAGGAAAGAUGAAGAUCUUUUAGAGAAACUUCGGCAGAGCCCUAGCUCGCUCUGCAAGCGCUGCUCCGACUUUGACAUCCUGAGAGCCUUCAACGAAGCGAGGCCACUGGACCAGAGGCAACGAGCUGACCUUCACGGAGAUAAACAUACCGGGUACUUUGAGAUUCAAGAAAGGUACAGGCUGCGAUUGGGCCUUCUCUCGGCGUUUGUCGUCACUCCAACCUGUCCGCUAUGUCGACUUAUCUAUCGUCUCAUCCCUCGACCACCACCGGACCACGAUAUGGAGGUUCUCAGUCUUACGCCGUUUCGGUGGUAUAUUCGACAAGACCACUGGGAGACUGUUCCGGAGAGCAGGAGAGAUAAGUUCGCCGUGUGGCUGGGGCUCUUGUCUCCGGAAGUUGCGGGACCUUCCGGACGCAGCUUUUUCACCAGCGGCCAAAAUCUCAGAACCGCGAUGAUGACGGGGGAAGCCAUCGCUCUGGCGCCCAUUGAACAUAUGCCGGCUGAAGAGACUUAUACUGCGAGGAAGAUCAAUGGGAUGAUUGACUUUGAUCACAUUCAAAAGGGCUUGGAACAUUGCCAAAAGAAUCAUCCCGAGGCAUGUCAAGCCAAGUUUGACAAGGGUCUGCUUGCUACACGCAUGAUCGAUGUCUCGACUCGAAAGGUGGUCAACUGUCCGGACCAAUGCGACUAUUUAGCCCUGAGCUACGUAUGGGGUGGCGUGCACCCUCAAGAUGGCGCUUUGGAAGCAGGAACGCUUCCUCAAACGAUCGAAGAUGCCAUCACUUUGACAAAGGGAUUGGGAAAGCAAUAUCUAUGGGUUGACGCUCUUUGCAUAGAUCAAACUCUUAAUCCGACGCCCGAACAAGCUGCUGAAAAGGCCAAGCAACUCGGACUGAUGCAUCUCAUCUAUUACUGCGCAAGCAUCACAAUUUUUGCCGUUGCUGGUCCACGGUCUGACUAUGGCAUUCCCGGUGUAUCGCGCCCCCGCGUACCUUCUACGGAGGAAGUCAUUGAUGGACACACCAUUUUGACUGUUCCGCCUCAGAUCAUGGCGGAGGUCAAGAACUCUGUUUGGCAGAGUCGCGCAUGGACUUGGCAGGAAGAUGCACUUUCUACCCGAAAGUUGUUUCUCACAGAGACGCAGUAUCAGUUGCAGUGUAAUGAAACACUGGGCUGCAGCUUUCACUCUGAAGCAUGUGAUUCAGUGCCUGAUCUUACAUGGACGCACAUAUCAGGUGGGAAGGUCAAGGCCGGAUAUGUGGAGGUAAGUAAAGAUCAGAUGCUUUAA